GUCAUUGUUUCUCUGGAUCGAUUUAUAAGGAACUUGAUCAUCUUCCUCCCACCAGAUAUCUCUCUCUCUCUCUUUUGGGUUGGAUUCUUCUUCCUUUUCAACACAGAGAGAUUUUGCUUUCUCUGACUGUAAGAUAAUAAUCAAUUAUGUCUGAUUGUAGUUCUAAGAAGAGAAAUUAUAAUAUCGCACAGGAGGGUUCCCGUGCAGGCAAUGCCAUGUCACGGCUUCUUGGAGGAGGACUUGAUUUCAAAACAUUUAUAUAUCUAUUCAUUCUCCUCCCACUCUCCAUCUUCUUUAUCUAUUUGCAUGGUCAGAAGCUCACUUAUUUCUUGAGACCUCUUUGGCAAUCCCCUCCCAAACCAUUUAACAUCCUUCCCCAUUACUACCACCCCAACGCUUCCAUGGAGUUGCUCUGCACUCUUCACGGCUGGAAUAUCCGCCAUUCUCCUAGAAGAGUCUUCGACGCUGUCUUGUUCAGCAACGAGGUCGAUAUGCUGACCAUCCGUUGGAACGAGUUAAAUCCUUACAUUACGCAGUUUGUGCUUCUCGAAUCCAACUCCACUUUCACAGGUCUCUCAAAACCCUUGGCUUUCGCAGAAAAUCGCCACAAGAGUUUCGAGUUCGUUGAGCCAACAAGGCUGUCUUAUGGGCACGUAGGAGGAGGAGGAGGAAGAUGGAAGAAAGGCGAGAACCCGUUUGUGGAAGAAUCAUUCCAAAGGCUCGCACUGGACCAGCUUAUCAAACUUGCUGGUAUAAAAGAAGAUGAUCUUUUGAUCAUGUCCGAUGUUGACGAGAUCCCGAGUGGCCACACCAUCAAUCUGCUUAGAUGGUGCGACGGAUACCCACCGGUUCUUCACCUUCAGCUCAGAAACUACCUCUACUCAUAUGAGUACUAUCUCGACUACAAAAGCUGGAGAGCCUCUGUUCAUCUCUUCAAGCCUGGGAAAACAAGGUAUGCUCAUUUCCGGCAAAGCAACAAUCUUUUGGCGGACUCAGGAUGGCAUUGCAGCUUCUGUUUCAGACACAUCAGAGAUUUUGUGUUCAAGAUGAAAGCCUACAGCCAUACUGACCGUGUUAGAUUCGCACAUUACCUCAACCCGAAAAGAAUACAAGAUGUGAUCUGCAAAGGAACUGAUCUUUUCGAUAUGUUUCCUGAAGAACACACUUUCAGAGAGAUUAUCGGAAAACUAGGUCCGAUACCGAGGUCUUACUCAGCUGUUCAUCUCCCUAGAUAUCUGAUCCAGAAUGCUGAUAGUUACAAGUAUUUGUUACCCGGGAACUGUGUAAGAGAAACUGCCUGAUAGUGAUUGGUAAGCGGCUUUAUUGCUUUUGUUGAUUCCUCCUCCUCUGUAUAUACAAAUUUACCAGAGUCUCAAAUGUCCAUUCUACCUUAUUAUUAUUGCAUGUCUUAAUUUGAAAAACCAGACUAGUGUUUAUGUAAGAAAUGACUUCUUCCUUUUUUUUUUAUAAUGAUAU